GUUUGGUUCGGUAACAUUAGAAGAGGAAGAGAGAAUUUUUAAGUUUGUGAGUGUGGUUUUAACAAAGCAAAGUGAAGAAAUUUGAAAAAUCUUAAAAUCCUGUUUAUUUUUUAUUUCUGUGACAGUAAACAUGUUCAGCAAUAACGUAGUUGUACUCGUGGUGGUCACCCUAGCCGGAUUACAAUGUGCUUAUGCUCAAAGCAACAACUGGCGCCGGCCCAACGAAACCAACUACUCGGAAGCGUCCGCCACCAACGAUCGUACGCAGCGACUGGGGCUGACCACCGGCUACGGCGGAGGCCUCAACGGGUACGGUUACUCCAGUUCGGGCGUCGGAGGUUACGCACCGCUCAAGAUCGAUCUGGGCGGCGUCGUGCUGGGAACACUGGUCGGCAUCGGAGCCCUGCUGAUCCUGCCCAAGCUGGUGACGGCCUUCGGCGGAGGUUACGGAGGUCACUACCGUAGCGAGAACGGCGGAGACGGGGACUUUACCCAGCUGUUGAACAAGGUGGACGACAUGUUGGCCCAGAACAACAUCGAUUCGGGCUCGUGCAUGCAGAAGGCCAUCUGUACGUACGUGCAGAAGUCCGACUACCACAUGCAGGUCGGAACCGCCGAUCAGAUCGAGCACAUGAUCCUGGCGCUUGCGGAAAAUUCUCUGGUGGACUACAUGCUGGACGGAACCGCCAUCAAGGAGGCGAUCAAGAACGGAAAAGCUCAGAACCGAUCGUGCGAUGAGAUCUACAAGUCCUGCCCGCUGGAUAGGCAGUCCGCUCUACAGGUGUUCAAGAAAAUUUUCCCUAUUGGUACAAACUAAGAAAAAUUCGUUGGAAAAUAAUACUCUUCGCUUUUGACGCUCUGGAACACUCUAAGAACAACUCUUGAACUGUAGUGCCGUACUUAACAAUCCAUGAACCCCUCGCCACUGAACGCAUCACUCGCCUACUACGCUCUAUCCGUGUGUCACCACGUCGACCAUGGUGCGUUUAGUAAUUCCCCCGAUGACUCAUCCCAACCUCCACUUUAUCUGGAGUGUGAGUCUCGUGAAAUCACCGCCUGCUUGGAAUCAAAAGUUUAAGACGGAAGGUGGCAGAUGAUUCCAAAAACUAAUGACCCAUCACCAUCAUCAUCGUCGUCGUACACUUAGGAGCGAGUGUUUCUAUUUCAGGAAAAUUCCACACAACUCACCGCACUUUCGUUCCACCACACAUCACCCAGGUUCGAGGUUAAAUAUUUAGUGUGUAGUUAAGUGUACAGCAUACACGAUCCCACGCCGUUGAAAAUCAUUUCACAUAUUUGGUGAGGCCUACUGCGCUUGCUGAGAAGGAAGACAGUAAAUCAACACACCUAGCAGCACACAUAAGGCUACGGCAGGCAACACUGUUUACAGCAGAAAAUUUAAAUUUUUCGGGAAUGCGAGCAAUAACGACAGACACACUUUUGGAAAGGAAUGCACUUGGUGCUGCUGUAUUUACACUUUCCUUUCUGCUUUGUAAUUAAUCCUUUCAUGCGCUUUUGAACUGCUUUCUAUCGCUUGCAAAAUAUAAAU